AUGAGAGACCUAUGUAGUAUGAAAGGUCCAUCGCAUAAACACAUUAAUCUCGCAUAAACAGAGAGAUUUCUUUCUUUAAUCUUCAUCAAUGACGACGCUAAAAGUAACCAAGAUCUCUCAAGUCAACCCAGCAACAAACUCAUCUCACGACACAAUCAACUCUCUGGUUCUCCCACUCACCUUCUUCGACUUACGUUGGUUAAAGUUCCAUCCCACCGAGAGAGUCAUCUUCUAUAAACUCGAUAAAGACUCAUCAUCACGUGACUCUUUCCACUCUGUAAUCCUCCCCAAGCUUGAGCUCUCUCUCUCCACCGUCCUCCGUCACUACCUCCCCCUCGCAGGUCGCCUGAAAUGGGACCCACAAGAUCCAAAACCACACAUCCUCGUCCUCCCAAACGACUCUGUCAAGUUGAUAGUUGCGGAGAGCGAGGCUAACUUCUCCAUUAUCUCCGGGAAAGGUCUACGUCCCGAGACGGAGAUACGUUCUUUGGUGCCCGAGUUUCCGGUGGGUUGUGACUCGCCCUCUGUUCUUGCUCUGCAAGUUACAUUGUUCCCGAACCAAGGGUUUUGCAUCGGUGUAGCAGCUCAUCAUUCUGUUAUGGACGGUAAAACUGUGGUUAAGUUUAUUAAAUCAUGGGCUCAUAUAUGUAACCAUGAAACAAUGUCAUUACCGGAGAACUUAACUGCGUUUCUAGACCGUUCAGUCAUCAACGUUCCCGCUAGUCUCGAUGCCAAAAUCUUGGACAUCUUGUUGUAUUUCUCCGAGGAGAAAGACGACUUGAGAUCACUGAAGCUGCCUCCUAUGGAGAAGAUCAACCCUGAUUUAGUGCGGAUCACACUAGAGUUGACUCCGGAGAACAUCGACAAACUGAGAGAGCGAGCCGAGAAAGAGUCGACUCGCUCUCAUCUUGAACUUCACUUGUCAACGUUUGUUGUCGCCAACGCUUAUUUGUGGACUUGCUUGGUGAAGACGCGUGGUGGCGAGGUGGAUAGACCAGUACGUUUUAUGUACGCAGCUGAUUUCAGGAACCGGCUGGAUAAGCCGGUUCCUGAAACUUACUUCGGGAACUGCGUGUUCCCGAUGGGUUGCUAUGGAUACAAAGCGGGGUUGUUUUUGGGAGAAGAUGGAUUUGUCAACAGCGUCGAGAUUAUAGGUGAUUCGGUUAAAGGUAUUGCGUCACAAAAUAUUGAAGCACUUUGCGAGUUUUACGUAGAUGGGACGAAGAAGGUGAAGCCUGGUACCCAGUCUGGGUCCGUUGCUGGGUCGAACCGGUUUGGGCUAUACACGUCGGAUUUUGGGUGGGGAAAACCGGUUAAUAGUGAGAUUGUGUCUAUUGACCGGAACGAGGCGUUUUCUAUGUCUGAGAGGAGGGAAGGGGAAGGUGGUGUGGAGAUUGGUCUGUGUUUGGAGAAAUCUGAAAUGGAUUUAUUUAUUUCUCUGUUUCAAAAUGGUUUGCAAGAUUAAAACACUUUUACUUUUGGCGUGGAGAUUAGUCUUUUAAGACAUGUGAGGUUUGAUGCAAAAGAAGACAUGUCAGAUCAAUUUAUUUAUUUCUCUUAUGCCAAAUUGUCUUGUUUUUGGCGUUUGAUUAUCGGUUCAGGGCACUUCAUCUCAAUGGGAAAAUCUAUUUCGAC